AUGUAUCUGGUUUUCUUUUGGUGCUCCUGCUGCCUGUGGGGGUGUACCUUCGCGACAGGAUUUCUCUAUCAGUUCCCGGCGUCGACUCUGCCACACAAUUAUCCCGAGCAGAGUCCCGGCGGACCGUCGGGCAAUGCCUUCGCCAAUCGUCGUCAUUGGUGCCACUACACGGUCACCCGGACGGUUUCCUGUCAAGUGCAGAAUGGCUCGGAGACAGUAAUCCAAAGGGUUUAUCAGAGCUGUCGGUGGCCAGGACCUUGUGCCAACUUAGUGAGUUACAGGACUCUCAUCAGACCCACGUACAAGAUAGCUUACAGAACAGUAACUGCUCUCGAAUGGCGAUGCUGCCCUGGUUUUACUGGAAGCAACUGUGAGGAAGAAUGUAUGAAUUGCACGAAGCUCACAGACAUGACAGAAAGGCUGAAUAUCUUGGAAGCCAAAAUCCUUUUGCUUGAGGCUGCAGAGCGAGCUUCACCUUCAGACAAUGAUCUUCCGAUGACAAGAACUACAGCCACCUGGUAUGAUGAUUUGGUGCCUGAUGCUAUUCCGCUAGCUAAUCCAGGAACAGCUCUGAGGAAACCAAUGGGACCUGUUGGGCUCCCAGGACCAGCUGGGAAACCAGGACUGCAAGGGCCAAAAGGGGAAAAGGGAGAGAUUGGUGAAAGAGGACCAGCUGGACCACCAGGACAACUUGGACCUCCAGGACCUAGAGGAUAUCCUGGUGAGACAGGGAUUCCUGGCCCACCAGGGCCACCAGGACCUCCUGCAUCUCCAGAUCUCCCACUAACAUUUCAACAAGGAGUUCUUUACUCACUCCAGCCCAGUGCUGAAAAAGAAAAUGGAGAGCCACAGUUAGCAUCUACUGUCAUUGACACCAUCUUGGCUGGUUUACCAGGACCUCGUGGGGCACCAGGGCCCGUUGGGCUGCCAGGUCCUAAAGGGGCACCAGGGCCAAUGGGAACACCUGGAGUACAGGGCAUUCCUGGUUCCCCUGGACAGCCUGGGCUGAAGGGCCCAAAAGGUGAUCGAGGUGAAAGGGGUGAACCCGGUAAGAAAGGUGAAGAAGGAGACAGAGGUGCCGAUGGUGAAGGGGUCCAACAACUGCGAGAGGCCUUGAAGAUUUUAGCUGAGAGAGUGCUAAUUUUAGAACAUAUGAUAGGGAUCCAUGAUUCUUUGUCUUCCGUUGAAGCAGGCUCAGGACAAGACGUGAUCCUGGGCGCCCCGAUCCGAGCAAACACGAAAAACAAGCGACACCAUUCGAACCAGAUCCUUUCUUCACUUCUGGAUGACAGCAAACCCAGGGCGAAAAGUGACCGAAGGCAAUAAAACUUUAGUCCAACAGUGAAGGCUUGAAGAGACUUACCCCUGUUUACUCCUGUUGGGAAGUCCUGCAGGUCAGGAGGAUGGAGC